AAGCCUCGUGUUGGUUGGGCUCGCUCCCUGCCUCUACCCGGGCUCACUAACACAACUCCCACAACAAUUUCUGUCGCUCUUUACGCAUUGUAUGGAGCCUCCAUCACUUCUUAAGCCCUAAACGGACCCGGAACCAGGGGAUGGCGGCCGGAUUUGGUCCGGUUUAAGGGGCGGGAAUGAAUCGACACAAGGAUAAAUGGUUAUAAACAAUUCUUUCUAUUCAAUGCUCGCUUUUGAUUGUGAGUGACUCGCCGAGAGGGAGUGAGGUGGGGGGGUAUAUCAUGGCCGCUCAGGUCGCCAGCGCCACCACUCUUAACACUAGCCCGCCUUCCGAGCUUAAAAGACCGGAUCGAGAACCUAAAGAGGAGUCGGUACCGGGAGACAAGCAGUCGGAUAAGAAACAGCCGGGUUUGGACAGCGGCUCACCGGGACGAGGAGAUCUGCAGGACGCGGCCGACGGUGGAAAUGCAGGGGGAGGAGGGGAACCUGAGAUGAAGAACGGCAAUGGGAACGCACCCAGAGCCAACAAUAAUAACCAGAAUGACUCUAUAGGACCAGAGGGAAAUAACCAUCCCGGUUUGGUACACCACCACGGUUCUGCUUUUCCGCCACCUUCGUACGGAUACGGGCAGCACUACGGUCGGCCUUUUCAUCAACAUGGCGGACAACAAAGCCCUGGCAUGGCAGCUGCUGCGGGUCCGGUCGCACAGCAAGGCAAUAUGAUGGACCCUUAUCAACCUAAUUCCCACGAACAUGGCUUUUCGAACCACCAGUACAAUUACAGCCCAUUCCCGAACAGGACUCCUUAUCCGGGCCAGGCGUACGGCAUGAACUCCCCGCGCAGUAACCAGGCGCCGACAGCUGGGGGACAGUCAGCUAAACAGCAGCCACCAGCGGGAGGACCCACUGCUAUGGCAGGCUCUUAUAAUAACCAGAGAUAUAAUAUUGGAAACCCUCAGCCAACAUCUACACCGACCCUUAAUAAGCUACUAACUUCACCCAGCUCAACGCGGGGUUAUCCGAACUAUCCCUCCAGCGACUACGGUAGCCAAGAAGGCGCUAGUAAGGGACCAGACAUGGGCAGUAGCGCUCAGUACGGAGGGAGCAAUACGGGCUGGCAACAAAGAAGCCAUCACCCGUCACCUAUGAGCCCUGGAAGUGCAGGGCAGCCACUAAGUAGAAACCAGCCAACUGGUCCCAUGGACCCAAUGGGAAAGAUGAGGGGACAACCCUAUGGAGCAGGAAGUCCGUAUGGGCAGCAAUCUCAACAAGGGGCUCCUGCAGGCCCCCAGCAGGGCCCAGGUUACACUAGCCAGGGGUACGGCCCUCCUGGACCCCAAAGAUAUCCACUAGGAAUGCAAGGACGUUCCCCGGGAAGCAUGGGAAGCAUGCCUUAUGGCCAGAUGGGAUCCUAUGGACAGCAGGGUCCAGGAGGCUAUGGCUCUCAAAGCCAGACACCUUAUUAUGGCCAGCCUGGCCAAAGUCCUCACUCACAACAAAGUCCCUAUUCCCAGCCCCAACCAGGGCAGACCGGAGGCCAGGCCUCUUACCCAGGGCAGCAACACCCUCCAGCGUCUGGCCCUCACACACAGGGAGGGCCACCCUAUCAGCAGCAGCACAUGCCCCCUCAGACACAGGGGCCACUGCCAGGCCCACCACAGGGACCCCCACAGUCUCAGCCUCCUUAUUCCCAACCACCUGCCCCUCAGUCCGGCCAUUCGCCCUAUGCUCCACAGCAGGGACCUCCAGGCCAAAGCCAACCACAGACUUCACCAGCUCCUCCUGGAUCACAGUCCAACUACCCGGGGUCCAGCGCGGGCUCCCAGCCGCCCUCCUCACAGCAACAGCAGGUCCAAUCUCAGCCGUCUCAUCCACAGAACCAGUCUGCCUACCCCCAGGGUCCGCCAUCUCAGCAGCAAGCACAACAGUCACCUUAUCAGCGGUUUCCUCCUCAGCAGCAGGAGGUAUCCCAGGACUCAUUUCAGUCUAAUGUUCCUCCAUCUUCUCAACCUAAAUCUGGCACUGAUGACGGCCAAGGCCGUCCAUCCAGCCUUCCAGACCUGUCAGGGUCCAUCGAUGACCUGCCCACAGGGACAGAGGGAGCCCUGAGUCCUGGCGUGAGCACCUCAGGAGUGUCGAGUAGCCAAGGAGAGCAAAGCAACCCCGCCCAGUCGCCUUUCUCUCCACACACAUCACCCCAUCUCCCAGGCAUCCGAGGGCCUUCACCUUCCCCUGCUGGCUCUCCCGCUAGUGCCAGCACACCACGAACAGGGCCACUGUCACCUGCCAACAUGCCAGGCACUCAGAUGCCUCCAAGGCCAUCCAGUGGGCAAUCGGAUGGAAGCUUACAUCCAGCUAUGAGCCAGUCUCCCAUGGCCCAGGACAGAGGUUUUAUGCAGAGAAACCCUCAGAUGCCACCUUAUGGCUCCCCUCAGUCAGCUUCUGCAUUGUCGCCUCGACAGUCAUCUGGAGGGCAGAUGCAUCAUGGAAUGGGUCCAUAUCAGCAGAACAAUUCUAUGGGCGGUUAUGGACAACCUGGAGGACAGUAUGGCCCACAAGGUUAUCCGCGGCAGCCUGGUUAUAUGCCCAAUGCCAACUACCCAGGACCUGGAAUGGGCCCAAUGAACCCCAUGGCUGGACAAGGUGGAGGCCCCCCUUAUGGCAGCAUGCCUCCAGGAAGAAUGCCUCCAAAUCAAAUGGGAGCAAGACCUUACGGCCCCAAUAUGGCUCCCAACAUGAACCCCAAUAUGCCUCCGAACAUGGGCAACAUGUCGCAUCAGGUAGGCGCAGGAAUGUGUCCACCUCCAGGCAUGAACCGAAAGCCCCAGGACCCAGCCACCAUGCAACAUCCUGGCACCAACUCCAUGCACAACAGGAUGCCUGGAUACCCCAACAUGUCUCAAGGGAUGAUGGGGUCUGGUCCCCCCUACGGUCCUGCCAUGAACAACAUGCCGGGAAUGAUGAAUGCUCAAGGAGGAUCGCCUUAUUCCAUGGGCCCUAACAUGGCCAAUAAUUCAGGUGGUAUGGCACCAAGUCCUGAGAUGAACAACAAAAUGAACAACAAAGUAGAUGGGAGUGGAACACCAAAACCAGAGUCCAAGUCAAAGAAAUCAAAUUCAUCAACCACAACUUCAGACAAGAUAACACGACUCUAUGAGCUUGGACCAGAACCAGAUAGAAAAAUGUGGGUUGACCGUUACCUGUCCUUCAUUGAAGAAAAGGCGAUGGGCAUGACAAACUUGCCAGCUGUUGGACGCAAACCAUUGGACCUCUUUCGAUUGUACAUGUCGGUUAAGGAGAUUGGAGGCAUGACACAGGUUAACAAGAAUAAAAAGUGGCGUGAUCUGGCAACUUCUUUGAAUGUGGGAACAUCGAGUAGCGCUGCGAGUUCUUUGAAAAAACAGUACAUCCAAUGUCUGUAUGCCUUUGAAUGCAAAAUUGAACGUGGAGAAGAUCCGCCUCCUGAGGUUUUUGCAGACAACAAAAAGAACCAAACUCCUAAAGUCCAACCUCCUUCUCCAGCGUCCCUCUGCUCCACAGCUGGGUCAGGGUCUCUUCAGGGUCCUCAGACACCCCAGUCCACCAGCAGCUCCAUGGCAGAGGGUGGAGACUUAAAGCCCCCCACGCCGGCCUCCACUCCUCACUCACAGAUGCCUCCAAUGCCAACUGGGCCAAGGAGCAGUGUUAACCUGCAAGACCCUUUCUCUGACAGUAGUGACCCUGCUUUCCCACGAAGGAACAUGACCCCCAACUCAGCCUAUCAGUCUGGUAUGGGCAAUCCAGACAUGCCAGGGCGUAUGGGGUCCUACGAGCCUAACAAAGAUCCCUUCAGUAAUAUGCGGAAAGUUGGUGAGCAGUUUCUACCUGCGAACCAGGGCCCUAACAGUGAGACCCCACAGCAGCCACCACAGCAGCAGCCUCCAUACAGAGGAACACCUGGGGCAAUGAGCUCCAUGCCAAUGGGACCCAGACCACAGUACCCGUACGGACCUGGCUAUGACAGGAGACCAGAGCAAGGAAUGGGCCCAGAGGGCAACAUGGGAUCCAGUGCACCGCAGCCAAGCUCCAUGAUGCCUGCCAAUGCCGACACAGGGAUGUAUUCGCCAAAUCGCUUCCCACCCCAGCAGCCACGGCAUGAUUCCUAUGCUAAUCAAUAUCCUGGACAAGGAACGCCCCCUAGUGGCUCAUAUCCUAAUCAGCAGCCAGGAAUGUACCCACAACAACAGAACUACAAGCGUCCUGUUGAAGGUGGCUACCCUCCAUCAAAGCGUCACGAAGCAGACUAUAGUGCACCCUACCCCAGCGGACAGCAGCCACCACAGCAACAGUCAGGAGGCACAGCUGCCCCCUCUUCAGGACAGCAGGAGCCUUACAAUCAGUAUGGUGGCAGUGGACCUUACCCAGGCUCUGAUCGCCGCCCCCCUGGUCCAGGCAAUCAGUUCCCUUUUCCGUAUGGUCGUGAGCGGAUGCAGAGCGUCACUGGGCCCAAUGCUCAACCUAAUAUGCCACCUCAAAUGAUGCAGCCAGGCCCAGAAGGUGGCAUGUGGCAAGGACCUCGAGACAUGAACUACCAGAACUUCCCCAACCGCCAGGGUGGACCUGGAGGACCCCCACCGGGACAUGGCUACCCUGGUAUGAGCCGCUCCGAGGAUAUGAUGUCGUCAGAGCAGAGGAUGAAUCACGACGGCCAAUGGGGUGGUCAGAUGGGCCCGCGGCAGCCUUCAUAUGGCCCUUCAGGGCCAGGGCAGCCCCUGUCUCGUUCUGUACAGUCCGGCUACCAGUCACCUCAGGGGGUGCAGAACCACAUUCCACAGGUUUCUAGUCCAGCAUCCAUGCCACGUGCCAUGGACAGUGGAGUAUCGCCAAGUAAAAGUCACUUCAUGCAUGGAGUGAUGAAGAUGCAAAAAGCAGGUCCCCCUGUUCCUGCAUCUCACAUAGUGCCCCCUUCAGUGCAGUCGCCAUUAAUCAGAAGAGAUAUGCCUUUCCCUCCAGGCUCUGUAGAAGCCUCCCAGCCUGUUCUUAAGCCACGCCGAAGACUAACCAUGAAAGACAUUGGAACACCUGAAGCAUGGCGAGUUAUGAUGUCUCUCAAGUCUGGUCUGUUAGCUGAAAGUACUUGGGCCUUAGAUACCAUCAACAUCCUCUUGUAUGAUGACGGUAGUAUUUCUACAUUCGAUCUUAAUACGUUGCCUGGUCUACUUGAGCUUUUAGUGGAGUACUUCAGACGCUGCCUCAUUGAAAUAUUUGGCAUACUGCGGGAGUAUGAGGUGGGAGACCCUGGUCAGAGGACGCUACUUGAUCCUAAUGCAUUGAAAGAAGAUUUGGACAACAUAGACUUGGAGGUCCAGGCAGACGACAUGGAGGAUGAGGAAGAGGAGGACGAUGACGAGAUGGAACAGGAAGCUGUGGGACCAGUUCAUGUAAAAGAGGAGGAAAAGGAGCAAUGCCUUGGGAAUUUGGGUCAAGAAGAAAAACCUGAAAAUGAUGAAAUAAAGAGCAAAGUUUCAUCAGAACAGGCGAACUUUGUGCAGUCCUCACUUGAAAAUGAAAGACCCAAACAGGCAAGCAAGUUUGAUAAAUUCCCCCUAAAAGUGGUACGAAAAAAAGACCCUUUUGCCUCUGCCCAGUCCAACAAUCAUGGCAAAUUGCAAGAAUUUGACAGUGGCUUACUGCAUUGGAGUGCUGGAGGUGGAGACUCAACUGAACACAUCCAGACGCACUUUGAACCUCGCAAGGAUUUCUUGGAGCCACGAGAAAGAAUACCUGUGCCUCAAAGUUUGUUGAAGAGGCGAAUCCCUGAAGAUGAACUCAAAGAAACCUGUAUAACAGAAGGGGGAGAAGUAACAAAGGACGAAGAGCCUAAGCAAGCAUCAGCCACAGAGAAUGUUGAGAAAGAUGACAUUGAAAAAUCCCCAUCUCCCAAUGCAGAUAAUCCUAACCAUGAUUCUGAAAUGCCUCCAAUUCAAAAUCAUGAAGCCCAACAAGAAAUUGACAAAUCAAAUUCUUCACUUACCAGCGGAUUACCACAGAUAUCAAAGCAGACUGGUGGCACCAUCUUGGAAGACGAGCCUCACAGUAAAGAUGAGGGGCCACUCGUAACCAUCGCUAAUUGGCAAGAUUCAUUGGCAAGACGAUGUGUUUGCAUUUCAAAUAUUAUCCGAAGCCUAUCGUUUGUUCCAGGCAAUGACCAUGAAAUGUCAAAGCACCCAGGAUUGCUUCUAAUGCUGGGACGUCUGAUCCUGCUCCAUCACAGACAUCCUGAGCGCAAACAGGCCCCGCUUACAUAUGAAAAAGAGGAGGAUUCAGAGGAGGGACCAGGCCAAAGGGAUGAGUGGUGGUGGGACUGUUUGUCGCUGCUCAGAGAGAACACACUGGUCACUCUGGCAAAUAUCUCAGGUCAGUUAGACCUGUCUGUCUACUCGGAAAGUAUCUGUUUGCCCCUGUUGGAUGGCCUUCUUCACUGGGCAGUCUGCCCCUCAGCUGAGGCCCAGGACCCAUUCCCCACAUUGGGCCCCCAUAGUGCUUUGUCACCUCAGAGACUAGUCCUGGAGACACUAAGCAAGCUCAGCAUUCAAGACAACAACGUGGACCUCAUCCUGGCCACUCCACCCUUCAGUCGUUUAGAGAAGCUGUUCGGAAACUUGGUUAGACUAAUAGGUGACCGGAAGGUGGCAGUCUGCAGGGAGAUGGCUGUAGUUUUAUUGGCAAACCUGGCCCAGGGUGACACUAUUGCAGCGAGAGCCAUUGCUGUGCAAAAGGGCAGUGUAGGUAACCUGUUGGGGUUUCUUGAGGACAGUCUAGCCGCCACACAGCUGCAGCAGAGCCAGAGCUCCUUACUUCACCUACAGGGGAUGCACUUUGAGCCUACGAGCCCGGACAUGAUGCGACGAGCUGCUCGGGCUCUGCACGCCUUAGCCAAGGUGGAGGAGAACCACUCGGAGUUCACACUACAUGAGUCUCGACUCCUUGACCUUUCUGUGUCUCCCCUUAUGAACUCACUGGUUUCUCAUGUUAUCUGUGAUGUACUAUUUUUGAUUGGUCAGUCAUGACAGCUGUAGGGAGCUGUGGCUCCUUUUCAAGCAUUUGCCCUGCCCUCCUUUCCUGCUAACCUGACGAGUGUGAGUAACAGGGCAAAGAGAGUGACUGUUUUAAUUUAUAAAAGACAAUAAAAAUCCCAAACUGAGCUCUCCACAGGCUGCCCUUGCCCAAGGAGGAAAAUCAGUGCUGUGGUGAUUGACUUCUGAGAAAAUGCCCACCUAGUGACACUACUUGCAAUGCGUUUGCCAACUGGAUGACACUGCAAAGCGCUACAGUUUGGAGAUUGUUCUGCACUUGGGGGAAAAGUACUUUUAUAACAGAUAAAUAAAUGAAUUAAUAAAUAAAUAGCUGAAAAACAAAAACUGUAACCAAAGUUGCUGUCUCGUUUACAGUGAGUUUGGGAGACCCGAUGUGCCCUAACUGUCCCUUCAAGGGUACAAUGAGUCUGACUGGUUAAUGUUCAGAGGUGAUGCAGACUGACAAGUGGCCUACUGGUUGAAGUUGCUGUAGUUUGGAGUCUCGCCAGUUGGCCCAGUCAAUAUACAACUUGGUUGGGGAGGCCUGUGCAGUGUGCAGUAGAUUGUAGGACAUUUUCUGUACCAUACUGCUCUUGAGUGUAAGCAUUCUGUAACACGUCUCACACAGAAGCUGGUGAUGCAGCUCUUCUAGAGUUCUGAGGUCUAUUUAGUUUGGUGUAAAACAGAAUAUGGCUUUCUUCCCCAAAGUAUCAAGAACCGACAACACCCUUACCUCCUCUUAUCCCUUGAUUGUAUGGACACCCUUAUGAAAAGAAAUCACCUUGUAGGACUGGUUUUCAACUUCAAAUACAGCGUUGCUGUGGUGUAUAUAUAAUGUUGUACAUUACAUUUCUUUUGUGUCUGUCUCUGUCUGUGUCACUAUCCUCACACUUGUAUUGGUGAGGGAAAAAGGCUGCUAAGGGUUUGAUCCAUGGCCUCCAGUCCCUGAUUAGACCACUUACGGACUCUUCACAGCGCUGUAGUACAGCAGACACGACUCAAAACUGGUACAACAAUAAAUUAGACAAACACAUUUGACAAUUUUCUCCAGUCAUGGAUUGCAUAUUUGUAUUUCAAACGAUGUAGCUAAGACAUGUAAAUUCCUCCCCUUCCCUUUUGGCUCAAUGAAUAUCAUUUAUUCAGUAUGAAAUCUUUAUACUAUAUGUUCCACGUGGUAAAAUAAAUGUACAUUAAAUCUU